AUGGAAGCGCCUAAAGUUUCUCAGGAAGUAAUAGGCGACGCAGUGUAUAUUGAAAAGAAAAGAAAAGAGUUGGAGAUAUUUUUCCAGGAUGCGAAACUACCUAAGGAAGUAAUAGACAGGGCAAUCGAAAAUGAACUCCGACCACUUAAAGCCGAGCCCCGUCCUUACAUUUCGGCUUCUGGUCCGGGAGAAGUGAAAUCUGAAUAUGAAGUAAUGACUGGACAACCAUUUACUAACGUUGGCGAGCACUCGAAGCCUUUAACUAUGGAUGAGGUAAAGGAAAUGUUGAAAGACAAUCCGAUAAUAGCGGAGAAAGCGCGCCAAAUACAAAUAAUGACGCAUUCUGAGGGUAGGUGCAAGAAUGUCGCGGUCCCUCUAGACGAGAUUCAUUUGAAAGAAUUCAAGGAUAUGAGAGAUGAGAUAGCAUCUGCUGACGGUGAUGCUGAGAAAAUCAAUAAAAUAAAUUACGAAAACAUGCAAUCGUUGAUGAAUUGUGUCACGGAUUAUAAAGCUAAAUGCGCUCAGCCGCUUCCAAAAGCAAAAGAGGGAGAGAAAAGGGAAAGUUCAAGUAGUGAAGACGAGGAGUUCGAAGCAAUUGAAAAAGAAGUCCGCAAAUACACAAAUAAGUCGUACGAAACGAGGUACAAAGAAACUCAAGAUAUGCUUCUGAAAUUUGCUGAUAGAUAUGAAGACACAGAAGUGGGGAAAGCCUCUAAAGUUAAAGAUAGCGUACUUGAAAUACAGAAAGAUCCAAUUUUGAAAGGAUCAUCAGUACAAGUAAUCCGACCUGAAAGGAGAAAAUCUACUAUUGAAGAGGUUAAAGAGACUUUUGCAAUUAAUGACGCAAUAAACAACCCAUUAACUCCCGAUACAGUUGCACGUGGCAAGAAAAAGGAAGUAGAAAAGAAAGGUGGAAAUGACGAUAAUAUUGUCCACAAUAUGGACGAAAUAUUACCUAAAACCUUCGAGAUAAGGCUGCAAGACACCGAACAAGCACUAAAAGAAAUUAACAGUGUUCUGAAUACUUUUCCAGGUUCUGUCAAUGACACGGCUGAUAAAAAUAAGCAAAAAUGCGAGAGCGAAAAUAUUAAGAAAGAAGCGGAAAGCUUAAGUAUUAAAUUUGAUGAAAAAAUGGAACAGACAUUGCAUACCGCCCUCGAAACUAUUUUUGAUGAAACAGAUGGCGAAAAGCAAGAAAACAGAGAUAUGGAGUUCAAAGAGAUGAAAAACCUCGCACGCAAUAUUGUCGAGGGAGCUGAUAAUCUUAGCACCUUAAUUCGCGAAGAUAUUACAAACAAAUUGAAUAGUAUGAAUGAAUUACUUAACGAUGUAAAUACAGCUUUGGAAAAUUCUAGAAAAUCUAACUUAGCGUAUCAAAAACUUAAGGAGGAAGGGGAUAUUUUAAAUAAAGAUCGAGCUACUGAUGACACUGAGGAAAACAAGGAUACAGGAGCAAUUACGAAAAUAACUAAUGAUGACGAAACAAAAACAAUUGAAACAAAUGAGGUGAAACCCGUUGGCGACCUUGACGACAUUCAUGCUGCUAUUUCCCAACUGAACGCUGAAAUAAAAUGUCAUGAAGAACGUAUCAACAAAAGUAAAGAGAGAUACGAAAUGAGAAAUAAAGAAUGCAACCAGUUUAUAAAAGAAGUUGAUGAGAUAAUGCAUAGGUCUCACGAGAUUUUACAUCCAACAAAAACUCUCCCCAAAGUUGACGAUUUGCCAGCUACAAAAAUAGAGAAAAAGGUGGAAGAAAAGGAACCAGCACCGAUAACAUCUACAUUAAACCAAGAGGGAGAGAAACGUCGUAAGGAACUUUGGGACAUAGAUUUGGAUUCAUUCAAAGAGACGAUGACUAACAAAAAAGUAGAAGACUAUAAGAAACAAGAAAGGGACAGAAGCAAGCGUAUUGAUAAUUUGCUUUACGAUAUAAAAGACAAGAUGAAAGAUAAUAAAGAAGUGUUGAGAUUGGCAAAUAAUUUGUUGAGACGUGAGGAGGCCAAGCAAAAAUCGUUGGAUAAUAAAAAUAAUAUUGCAGAGAUUACUAGCACGGAGGAUACUAGAGCGCAGGGAGAUUAUGUUAGAGUUACUGAAGACGCAAAACACAAGGAGUUGGAAAGUCAGAUUCCUCUAAUAACUUCUGUACCACCGACUGAAGGAGAUAUCAACGAGAGGGAAGAAGUUGAGAAGAAGAAACAAGAGGCAGAAAAAGAAAGAUUGAGACAGAGAGAGUUUCAGAUAAAACUGGAGAGGGAGAUGGAAGAAAUGAAUAGGACGCCGAAGAUGACGAAAGAAUUUAUAAAGAAUCACUGCAGGCAACAUAAGUUAUACUGCACUCCUCAUCUUAACGAUAUACUGUAUCUUCACUUCAAGGGUUUCUCGAAAAUCGAAAACCUCGAAGAAUACACAGGUCUCAAAUGCAUCUUUCUCGAAAACAAUGGAAUACAGAAGAUGGAGGGCCUCGAUACGCUUUCUGAAUUGAAAUGUUUGUACCUUCACUACAACGUGUUGAAGAAGAUCGAAGGUAUGGAGGGUUGUCCGCAGCUGGACACGUUGAAUUUGGACCACAACUUCAUAUCGAAGAUUGAGAAUCUCAGUCAAGUCCCUGAUUUGCAUACUUUGAGCAUAGCUCACAACAUGCUGUCAUCUGUCGAUGACCUAGAGCAGUUGAAAUAUGCCAUGAAUCUAUCAGUUUUGGAUCUAUCUUACAACCGUUUGGAUGAUCCGCUGAUAGUCGACGUAUUGGCCGACAUGAACUUGCUGAAAGUGUUGGUGCUAACCGGGAACCCAGUUGUCCGCCAAAUUCCAGCUUAUCGCAAGACUUUAACACUUCGACUGAAGGAGCUACUCAAUUUGGACAACCGGCCUGUGUUCCCCCGCGACAGAGCCUGCGCCGAGGCCUGGCAGAGAGGCGGCGUGCAGGAAGAGAUCGCUGAACGAAGACGCUGGAUAGCCAGAGACCAGGAGAAGGUGAACGCGAGCGUGCGCUACCUGAUCAACAUGCGCGACAAGAACAAGGCAGUACGAGAGGCUCGCGAGAAGGAGGAGAGGGAGAAACUUGGACUGCCUCCGAAGGAAGAAGAAAAAGACGGAUCGGAAGAAAGCAAAGAUAAAAAAGAAACAAAAGAUAAAGUCGAAAGCACAGAGCAAACAGAGACCACAGAUGUCAAAAAGGAAGAACCCGAAACGGCAUCGCGCACUGAAAUUGAAGGACCAUCUACUUUAGAGGAGAAGUUUGGGCCAGAAAAAGUAGAGGUGAAAGAAGGUGUUCCCGUUGAUAUGCUGACGGGGUCUGAAUUUUCUAGCUCUAGUGAAGGCAGUAGCUCCAGUGAGGAUAGUGAAGACGAAGAAGGUCCAGAAACCAGUAAGAUAGAGUGGUCUCAGAUAGAGCGUGGCAAACAUUUGAUUCAGGAGAUCAAAGAUGAAAUGCCGCAUCCAGCAGAGGUACCAGCUCCUGCGGAUGACUACUGGUAUGGCUAUAGAGGGAAUGUGAAGCCUAACACUAGUAGUGCCAGGAACUUCACUGAUGAUUUCCAAGCUGUAAACAACUUAUUAUUCACGCAGCAACCACAUGUUGAUAGCAGGAAAAGAGUUACUAAGAUAUUGGAAGAAUCAAAGAAAUCUAGAGACAAAAUGCACAUAACAGAAAUCACAGACGAAUCUGAUAAAGAUAAAGAAAGAUCUGAAACUCCUAAAGCAGAAAGAAAACCAUUGAUAGAAAUGAUUGAUGAAAAGAUACCGUUGGUAGAAGAGAUUAUAUCAGAAAUUCCUUCAAAUGAAGUUAAGUCCCAAACGGGGAUAGAAGAGAAAGAAGGCCGUGUUAUAGACCACGAUAAGAAACUUAUAUUCGAUAAUCCAAAAGAUACGGAUACUAAUCAGAACAGUAACAUAUUGUCUGAACAUAAAUCUGAAGAUAAGACUGGAACAGACGAAAUCAAACCUGAACAGUUAGAUGACAAAAAGCAAAUAAUCACACCAAGUCAAGAUGCAAGUGUAAAACAGAAACAAGAUAAAUCAGAAUUCCUUAAGCCGCCACCGAAAGCUAUUAAGAAGCCGCAAGACAACCGUAAAAUACAGCCUUUGAAGAAAAUUCAAAUAAAGGAAAUAAAAUUGACUAAGGUUCCUAUAACUGAAGUUCCUCUGAAAACUGAAAAUGAAAACAAUAAUAAAGCAUCUGAAGGCGAUAGUGUGAAAGAAAAAGAAAAGGAGUCAAAUAAAGAAGAGGCUAAAGAGAGUAACAAAGAAGACGCAUGCAAACAAAGUUCUUCUGGUAGUCAAAUUAGCGAAGUCACCACACGUGGUAACGUUCGACAUGAAGGCGAUGGCGUUGCUCUGAUCAACUACAUGCAACGAAUGAACGAUCCGAACGCAGUUUAUGAUGACGAGGAUUUGGACUUAGAACCAAGUGCUGAAGACCUGGAAAUCUUUGCUGAGCUGGAAAGAGAACAAGAGGAACGACAAGCCAGGAUUGCAAGGGGAGAACCGGCUGUUGAUCCCAUGAAACUAUAUCACAAGAAGACAAUGGAAGAGUUUUAUAAAGCAGAAGAGAGAGUGCCAGCACACGAGGUGAAGGAAAAGAGUCUGUACACUACUUUCCAACACGACAAUGCCUUUGACAGGAUCGCCCUCAGUCAGCUAACUGCUGGGGACAAACCUGACGAGAAAAAGGUAAAGUUGACGCACGUUCCCGGCGCAGUGCUGUUUCAGUACGUGGACCAGAAGCCUGAGGAGUUGCAGUAUGAGAUUGGGGAUGAAAAUGUGGAUGACUCACUAUCGUCUGGAGACACUGAUUCCAUAGACAUAUGCAGCGAUGCUGAAUUGUCUGAUGAUGAAAGCACCACAAUACUAGAAACAAAGAAGAAAGAAGACAAACCAAAAUAUGAGGUUAAGGAAAAGAAGCCAGAGAAAGAUAAAGGAGAUAGCAAGAAAGCUGAAGAGAAAGAUUCUAAAGAAAAGAGUCAGCAAGCAGUAGGGACUACGAAGAGAGUUCGCCCCGGUACAGCUUGCAAACCAAAAACUCCACAAAGACCGGAAAGAAGAAAGAGCGCUCAAGUGUCAAGCACUCCUAAGAAAUCAUCAGAUAGUUACGUUAGACCUGGUCGAAUGCCUUCGAAAGGUCAUGCUUGUAAAGAUGAGAACGAAGAAUGGGGGUCUUUCGCAUCGUAUAAAGAACCGGAAGCUGUACCGCGAAACAUCCCUCCACCGGCUCCAACAACUUCUCAUGACGAUACAAUGAUGAUCGGCACGGACCGGGACGAGGCUAAACAGUCUAUUAUUGACACCAUCAAUUCUUACCAGGAUGACCGCUUUCCUUCGCAGGGGGUAAACUACUCGGACAUGCAAGAGAACGCCAGGAUCGAGCAGUCAGUAGCUUCAGAGAUUUUAGAGCGAACUCUUCGCUAUGAGGAACAAGAGUUGUACCGGCAGUAUGACGUCAUCACCAGCCACGCCGGCAAGAUCGACAACCGCACGAACACUAUCAUCGAACACAUGGCUGGGCAGCUUGAGAAUCAGUAUACGCUACCAGAAGUGUCGCGCAUACUAGAAGUCCAUAUGGACGAGGCAGAACAGAGAUGGCGGGCGGGCGAGUUCGUCCACUACGUGCCAGUUAGUCCCCCAGAAUCAGACAAUGAAAAUGACAACGACAAUGACCCUACACUUGUACCUAGCCACGAUACUUCUCUCGAAGACACUCUUACAGAGGACAACGCCAAUCCCCAACAAAACAUGGAAGUUAUUCGCGAAAAUGAUGACGAUAACAAUAAGAGUGGUAACGGUAGUCAUGGAGAUGGUAAUAAUAAACAUGAAGAUGCUACGAUUGAGUCUACAGAUGCUGAAGACUUAGAAGAAGACGCUGUUAUUAAAGGUGAAGUUAAAUCGGUUGAUGCAAAUGAUGCAGAUAGCAUCACAACAGAUUAUACAGUAGCAAUGACUGAUAUAUCCACAGACGUUGAUGAAUUUGAAGACUGCGUCGAACAGGUCAUCGAUGACGAGAAAUUUGAAAGAGUAGAAGAGAAUUACUCUCUAGAAAUGAAGCUGGCGUUAGGAAUCGAAUAUAAAAAUAUUUAGAUUUGUUUUGAACGUAUUUCUUGUGUAGUUUUAAACAUGUUUGUGUAGAAUAGUUGUUGAAGCAACAGAAUGUAUUGGUUAGCGACCUCAGUAUCCGUAUUAAGGUAUUUAGACCUAUUAUCUAGUUUUUUUAACAGGUACUCGUUUUAUUUGUGUUAUUUUAAAUGAAAACAAAUUGAACAAUGAAUUGAUGAAAAGUAACAUUCAUAAGUGUGACAGAAGAAAGUAAAUGACAAAGAUAACUCAACGACAUGACAUGUCGAUGGUGAUAGAUGACACAUUAGGGCGCCAUAUUUGUUAUGAGAGACAUUCCAGGCUAAGUUCCCCAAAAAAGCUAUAGAUGGCGCUGUACAGAUUUGUCUCCGUUUAACUUAAUACUAGAUAUAUAUGCAUCAUUUAUCAUUGUUUUCGGGUAUAAAUGUUGACCCUUGUUAUUACACCCAGGCACAACACAUCUUCCACCCAUUAUUAUUCUGAUCAAAAUAAAGAGAAGAAAUACCUAUACGUAGCAAAAUGAUUCUAUACGUAUCUGAUCCAAAUAUCAAGCAAUAAUUAUUUUUAUAUAUGCCUGUGCUAUUAAAUUAUGUUUUGUAUAAGUAAUUAUGUACUUCAAGCAAUGGGAAAAUAAGUAAUUAUUACUUUAAAACUGAACAGCGCCAGUACGUAGUAUUAUUCCUUAUUCUAUGACAGCGCCAUUUAUAUUGAUUUAGGGAAAUGAAGUCCGGAAAGUCCCUCUUUGAAAUAUAAGUAUAUAACUAUAAAAAAAGAUACUGAGGUUAAUUACAAAGCAAAGAACCAAAAAUACAAGCAACGUAACAUUGUAUUUUAACACGUUGACAGUCAAGUUAUCCAUCCUACGGGUCAUGACAAAAAAAAAAAAAGAAAUGAAAUAAAUAAAUAAAUGACGGACUAGCUUCAGACGUCCGUGACCCAUAAAUGGGCCACUAAGAAAUGAGUAUAUUUUUAUCAGGACCUAUAAAAAUUGAAGUAAUAUGCGGGACUUAAAGAAGUCAAAAAUGGGGACUGUCAACAUGUUAAGAUGGUGACUGACUAUGCACAAUUGUUUUAUUGUUAUUUUAUAUUUUAGUUAUCAAUUAUUUU